CUUGAAAGUGAAAGCUUCUGGUGUUGAAUAACAAGUCCAAGGGAUAAACAAGGGCUUAGAGUUACUCACGGCGGGAAAUUUUAUUCCGUGAACGCGGUCCAGGCAACGCAUUCAUUCAAGGGAGAGCACACCUGCCUCCGGUGGUUAUAUCAUCGUCCCCCGGGUGAGUGUGAAGAAGUAGGAUUACUGUACAAGACAGUGAAGAUAGAGAGCAACACGAUGACAACCCAACAGCAGGAGGGAGAAAAGCAAUAUGACCCCGGAGACACCACGCUCAAGUUCGUCAACCGACAGGACGAUUUAGAUCCCCUAGAUGAUGACACUGAGACUCUGAAGGCAGAGAUGUCCUGUGGUCAUGCGGUAACCCCGGAGUCACUGACCGGAUGGUGUCGCAGCCUACUGGACCAGAGUCAGUUCAAGUUUUUGUGCCCUGCACUUGAGGAUGGCACCUUUGUGAAGUGUGGUGCUGAGUGGUCUUACCAGGAGGUACGUAGGCUGGCUGUUCUGACCACUGAGGAGAUGGAGCACUUCGAGAAGACCAUGGCAGCUUUGGCUGCUGCCACAUACUGUGAAUACAAAUCAUGCCCUGUCUGCGAAACCUUUGUAGAGAGAGAGGACCUCACCAACCUCAGUGUCCUCUGCACAGUGUGCACUGCAGACAAAGGUCAGAGGUAUGAGUUCUGCUGGCAGUGCCUGAAGCAGUGGAAAGGUCCCGCGCCACGCUCUGACCGCUGUGACAACAAUGGCUGUAUCAACCAGGACCUGGACCUGCUGAAGAACUGUGAAACCACGUCUCUCCCUCAGGUGGCAGGUGUCACCGACUGCCCCUCCAUUCGCGCCUGUCCCACCUGUGGCCAACGGGUGGAACACGACAAGACUGGUUGUAAGAAUAUUCUCUGUCCAAGGUGCAAUAAAGAGUUCUGCUUUGUGUGCCUUAAGCUCACGGAGGAGUGCUUGGAGACCAGCUCAUAUUUCACAGCCUGCUCUGCUGGUGUUGCCCCCAGGCAGACCUCUAUACCCACCUGGAAUAGAAACUGAAAAAUAAGAUACCUCUUAUUCACUGCAUACUGUAAACUCUGCUUUACAUUGUCUCCAACAGAACACGUAGGUAGAAAUCUUGCUCCACAUGUACAUUUCCUCUCCAUAUAUUGUACAAUGAGAGUUUGUGUGCAGUGCUUCAUGUGUAGCAUUAGGUUUUAUUUUACCAUCUUAUAUUAGAAUCUUAGAUAUUAUACAAAGCGAGUUUCAUAGUGUGUAGACUCAGAGCUUUAUGUUAAUUAGGAUUUCUAUAUCAUCUUAUCAUUAUUAUCAUGUUGCUUAUGUGCAUCAUCAUGUAAUGUAAUAAACUACUGACAAAAGUAGCAAACUUCA